GCCGCCCACCGCGCAUGCGCGCCGCGAACGACGGGCGGCGGCGCGCGCGCCCCUCCCGCGCAGGACGGCGCUGCCCCGGCGGCAUGAGGGGAGAGCGCGGCCGGCUCCGAGCGGUUUGAGUUGAUCUCACUAAACUGCAACCAUGGUGCAGAAGUACCAGUCCCCCGUACGGGUGUAUAAACACCCUUUUGAGUUAAUUAUGGCUGCGUAUGAAAGAAGGUUUCCCACGUGCCCUCUGAUCCCCAUGUUUGUAGCCAGUGACACUGUAAACGAGUACAAGAGUGAGGAUGAGGCCAUCCACGUGAUUGAGCGACGCUGCAAGCUGGACAUCGAUGCACCGCGGCUGCUGAAAAAGAUUGCAGGAGUGGACUACGUCUACUUUGUCCAGAAGAACUCUCUGAACAGGCGAGAAAGGACUCUGCAUAUAGAAGCCCACAAUGAAACCUUCUCUAACAGAGUCAUCAUUAAUGAGCACUGUUCCUACACAGUUCAUCCUGACAAUGAAGAUUGGACCUGUUUUGAACAGUCAGCAAGUCUGGAUAUCAAAUCUUUUUUUGGUUUUGAAAGCACAGUGGAAAAGAUUGCCAUGAAGCAAUACACCAGCAAUAUUAAAAAGGGAAAAGAAAUAAUAGAGUACUACUUGAAGCAGCUGGAGGAAGAAGGAAUAACUUUUGUCCCUCGCUGGACUCCUCCUGUUGCAUGUAAAUCAGAGAGCAGCACAUCCCACCCAAGGAGACCAGUGUCACCUGCCAUUAAUAUCCCAGAGUCUGCCACAAAGGAGGGCUUGAGCAACAAGGAGAUCCUCAACAGCUCCAGCAGCCCCUCGGAGCCCACUGCAGGAACGCCCGAUGAUAAGCUGGAUGCAGACUACAUCAAGAGGUACCUGGGGGACCUGACCCCCAUGCAGGAGAGCUGCCUCAUCCGCCUGCGCCAGUGGCUCCAGGAGACGCACAAAGGCAAAAUCCCAAAGGACGAGCACAUUUUAAGAUUCCUGCGUGCCCGGGACUUCAACAUCGACAAAGCAAGGGAGAUCCUUUGCCAGUCGCUGACGUGGCGCAAGCAGCACCAGGUGGAUUAUAUUCUGGACACCUGGAACCCUCCCCAAGUGCUCCAGGAUUACUAUGCAGGAGGCUGGCAUCACCAUGACAAAGACGGGCGCCCGCUGUACGUGCUGAGGCUGGGCCAGAUGGACACCAAGGGCCUGGUGCGCGCGCUGGGGGAGGAGGCCCUGCUGCGCUACGUUCUUUCAAUAAAUGAAGAAGGGCUGAGGCGGUGUGAGGAGAAUACAAAAGUAUUUGGCAGGCCAAUAAGCUCUUGGACCUGUCUAGUAGAUCUGGAAGGCUUGAACAUGAGGCAUUUAUGGAGACCUGGUGUCAAGGCCUUGCUGAGAAUCAUCGAGGUGGUUGAAGCUAAUUACCCUGAGACCUUGGGCCGGCUCCUCAUCCUCAGAGCACCUCGAGUAUUCCCAGUGCUCUGGACACUGGUUAGUCCAUUCAUUGAUGACAACACUAGAAAGAAAUUCCUUAUUUAUGCUGGAAAUGACUACCAGGGUCCUGGGGGACUGCUGGAUUACAUCGAUAAAGAAAUUAUCCCAGAUUUCCUCGGUGGAGAGUGCAUGUGUGAAGUACCAGAGGGUGGGCUGGUUCCCAAGUCCCUCUACCGGACAGCAGAAGAGCUGGAAAAUGAAGACAUCAGGCUUUGGACUGAAACAAUCUACCAGUCUGCCAGUGUCUUCAAAGGAGCUCCACACGAGGUUCUCAUCCAGAUCGUGGACGCCUCAUCUGUGAUCACUUGGGAUUUUGACGUGUGCAAGGGCGACAUCGUUUUUAACAUCUUCCAUUCCAAAAGAGCCCCACAACCUCCCAAAAAGGACUCUCUGGGAGCUCACAGUAUUACAUCUCCUGGUGGGAACAACGUCCAGUUGAUAGACAAAGUCUGGCAGCUGGGGCGUGACUACAGCAUGGUGGAGUCUCCCCUGAUCUGCAAAGAAGGGGAGAGUGUGCAGGGCUCCCAUGUGACCAGGUGGCCUGGCUUCUACAUUUUACAGUGGAAAUUCCACAGCAUGCCUGCCUGUGCUACAACCAACCUGCCUCGUGUGGAUGAUGUGCUGGCAUCUCUACAGGUGUCCUCUCACAAAUGUAAAGUGAUGUACUAUACAGAAGUGAUAGGAUCUGAAGAUUUCAGGGGAUCUAUGACCAGCCUUGAAUCAAGCCACAGUGGAUUCUCCCAGCUCAGUGCUGCCACCACCUCCUCUAGCCAGUCCCAUUCCAGCUCCAUGAUUUCCAGGUAGUGCCACAACAGCUGAAAAGCAAAUGGAUGUGAUGGCUGGACCCUCGCCCGUGGCAGCUGACUGCAAUACAGCAUAUUCAACUGGCAAUUGUGCAAAAAAACCCCACCCCAAAAAGUCUUUUAUAGAUAGUAAAGUAGCUGUUUGAAUUUUA